AUGCAAAAACGCCAAAACACCAUGGAAUUGGCUCCGAAGCGCAUCAAAAUAGCCAAACGUACCGUCCAAAGGGCUGAACCGGGCUCUUUGGAUGUGAUCAAUAACGAAGUGAAUCGCAAUGAAGACCAUAUCGAUCUCUCAGUUGCGUUGGACUUGGACAAUAUAUUCGAUAUCGAUCCUAUGAAUUUGAGCAUCGAGCCAUUGGAUUCUCAUUCGACUCAAAACACUCCGACGAUCAACAAGCCCGAUCUCGUUGGCUUGCAGAUGGAUGUCAAUCAAAAUGAAAACGUCAUGAUUGACAACCAAACCGAUGUCAAUAACGAUCAUCCCCAGGAACGUCUGGAAGAUGUGCCUGACCGAAUCCUUCCGGGCACUCAAACGGUUAUAAUUGACGACAUUCAGAUCGAUAACCCCAAGGAACUUGCAGAAAAUAUGCAGACGGAAGAAGUUCCGGGUUUGAACAUUGAAGACAUCAAACCUGAAGCAAUUACUGUUACCAGCACCGCAGUUGUUGUUCAUAAAGAAAAUCCGGAUUCUUCGAAUCAUGAUAUAUCCUUGUGUGAUUGUAGAGGAUGUACCAAAUGUCGAUUAUACGCGAAUUUCGCUUACGCUUUGAGAGUAUACAAGGAGCCGAAAUCCGGGGAUCAAUGGAUAACCCAUGCUGCGGACUUCUUCGAAUUUGAUUAUGGACAUCUCAUCCGCUUGGGCGACAAAAAGGGCUUCUUGCGAUGUAAUCCCUCGACGCGAACGAAUAUAUGCUUGAACAAAAUCGCCUUCACAGCCUACGUCGCCCAAGAAUUGUUCGAUAUGUUCAAUGCGGUCGAUCAGAAUGCAACCCCGGGAGCGAAGAACGAGAUUACCCAAAAAUGCAAGAAAGUGGUUGACAUCCUAUACGGCCGGAUGCAGUUAAAGAAGGCUGAGGAUCCAGUACCUCCUGUAGACAAUAGCCAUCUGAUCGCUUUCAGAAACGGCUAUGUCUACGACCGAAAUAUUGGUGAAUCUCGAAAGCGCAUUGAUGAGGAUGGUGAAAUUGAAACGUUCAACUACGAUCUUGUCGAGUGGGAUACCGAGAAAUAUCCCACACAGCGGUACUUGUGGGAUGCCAUAUGCAAAAUAUGGCCUGAGAAUUCCGAUCGCUAUUAUGCGCUCACCAGUCUCAGUACAUUCUUGGGAAGCAGACGCGGUAUCCGUGAAUUGCUUAUAUUUCACGGGGAAAGUUCCAAUGGCAAAAGUUUGAUUGGAGGAUUGAUGAAACUUAUAACAUGUCAUCGCUUUCUGGGAGCAACCGCGCAGACGUUACAAAGGAAACCUGGGAACGGAAAUGAACCAUCUGAGAUUCACUGGAAAAUGGGCCAAAAAUCAACACUCGUCACUUGGUUUUCUGAAGGGGAUGAGAAAGAUUUAUAUUACGGUUCAGCAAUCAAAAUCGCUGUCGGAGGCGAUUCUACUUCUGUCCGGAGGGGUCAUAACAAAUGUGAGCAGGUUACGGUAGAGGGAUUGGUGAUUCUCGCUACGAAUCAUUACCCUUAUUUGGAUUGCGGACUGUAUGAUAAGGAUCACAAGGACAUCACAGCCAAAUUGGUGGUGAUACCUUGCAAAUCGACGUUCGUCGAUGCAGAUGAACAUUUUGACCCGAGUCAAAAUAUAUAUUUGAAGGACUUCGAACUCGACCGUCUCAUCCAAAACGCAAGUCCGGACUUGGCGAGUGCCAUGAUGGCACUAAUGAUUUCGUUUCACAACGAUCAUCUGCUAGAGAAAGAAUAUCCGAUACUGAGAAAACCCGCAUCAGUGGUUUCAGCGACUGAGGAAUUAAUCACGAGAGUACACCCGUAUCGCACGUUCCUGAAGGAAAUGUGUGUCAUUGAAGAAGGCGCGAAAAUGUCGCAAUGCGUGGCAAUUCAAACUCUACGAACAUGGAUGAAGGAGCAUCCGGUAUGGUACAAAUCCGUACCUCGGACCCAGGAUUUCAAGGGUUUUCUGCUACACGCAUACGAUAAGACAGUUACUUUCGGCCAAAACAUACGAAUAAACGGAGUACAGACAACCGGAUAUCACGGGGUCAGAUUGAAGAACGAGGAUAAUGAUGGAGGUUAUAAUAAGUUUCUGUUUGGCAGUAUCGACAUCCUUGCGAGAGGCAUUGAAGAGUAG